UGGUUCAAGCGAUUCUAGCCAUCGAGCACUCUCGACUUUCGACGCCGACGUCGACUUGACAGUGGUCGAGCGUGGCUUCUUAUAAAUAAAAUCAGUCCCGCUCCAUACGUUGUUUUUAGUUAGUCGCCGACAACAUGUUGGGAAACAAGUUCUUCUUGGCCUGCGGGCUUCUCUGCCUGGCAUCCACAGCAUUCGGUGAAUCUGCCGAUGAAAAAGCAAAGAAAGGCCCAAAAGUCACGCAGAUUGUGCACUUCGACAUCACUAUCGGCGGCGAACCUGCCGGCCGCAUUGAAAUUGGUCUCUUCGGAAGCACCGUGCCAAAAACCACCAAGAACUUCUUUGAACUAGCUCGCAAACCAGCCGGCGAAGGCUACAAAGGCAGCAAAUUCCACCGCGUUAUCAAGGACUUCAUGAUCCAAGGAGGAGAUUUCACUAAGGGCGACGGUACCGGCGGCCGCAGCAUCUACGGCGAGCGAUUCGAGGACGAGAACUUCAAACUGAAGCACUACGGCGCCGGCUGGCUGUCGAUGGCAAACGCUGGAAAAGACACAAACGGCUCGCAGUUCUUUAUCACCACUAAACAAACUACCUGGUUGGACGGCAGACACGUGGUAUUCGGCAAGAUUAUCAAGGGUAUGGAUGUCGUGCGCAAGAUUGAAUCCACGCCAACUGAUGGCCGUGACAAGCCGAGCAAAGAUGUGGUUAUCGCUGAUUGCGGUGCGCGUGAUGUGGACACACCGUUCGGUGUUGCCAAGGAAGAUGCUACCGACUAAAUUCUGCGAUAUUGUUUUGUUUCAAAUGAAACCCUUUGUGUCAUUUUCAUAAAAAAAGAAUAAUUUUGCAAUACAUGUACUUUUAUAAAAAACGA